AACAAUCACUCCGAUUUAUUUACGUUGCUCCACACCGGUCGCACGCUCCAUGUGCAACAUUUGCCUCUGCAAUGAGUCUUCUUCCGAAAACGGCAAGUGACUUCGGUUCUACCGACUACUGGAAUAGUUUCUUCAAAAAGCGUGGGAAGAAGGCCUUCGAAUGGUACGGAGAGUAUCCGGAGCUUUGUGGCCAUUUGCACAAGUACAUUAAGGGCAAAGAUGAGAUUCUUAUGGUUGGAUGUGGUAAUUCCAAACUGAGCCUGGAUUUGUACGACGUGGGAUUGAAACAAAUCACCAAUAUCGAUAUUUCCCAGGUCGUUAUCAAACAGAUGCAGGAAGCGAACAAGCUGGAACGGCCCGAAAUGCUGUGGUAUCACAUGGAUGCCACAGCGAUGAAAUUCAGCGACGAGAAGUACUCAGUGGUUUUGGAUAAAGGCACGCUGGAUGCGUUGUUCAGUGAUGAUAGCGAGGCCACUGUUAGCACCGUUCGUCAAUACUUCUCCGAAAUCGCUCGCGUGCUUCGCGUUGGUGGACGCUACAUAUGUGUUUCCCUGCUGCAGGAGCACAUUCUGAAGCAAGUUUUAGCGUUCUUCCCCGAGCAUGAUUUCAUGUUUCGCGUGGUUCGUUGCGCGGAAGCCGAGCAAAAAACUGCGGAAGAUAACUCCGAUGGAAUGGCGAUGCCAGUGUUCAUGGUCGUAGCCACGAAGUUUAAGAAGCUACCAAUGAAGGUGUUCGAGAUUUGCUUAGCGGGUGAGCAAAUUCAACGGGUUCAGAAGUCGGAUGAGAUCACGCUCUCGAUAGCGGCUGCUCAGAAAGCCGCAAUGGUUUGCAACGGUCUAGUGAGGGGUAGUAUCGCCGGCAUGAGCGAGAUUUCGAUGGAUUUACACCGACCGGGGCAGGAAACUCCGCGGUACACGAUUCACGUGCUCGAUCAGAAGCCAGUCCGGGGCAAUGGCAAGUAUGCGGCCUUCAUCGUUCCCCAGGGCCGAGAGACAGAAUGGCUUUUUUCGACCCCUCAGGGAAGGCAAAAGCUGCUAGCAUCGGCAAGUCACGACAGGUUGGCAAUUGUAUCGAUGCACCGCGGGCACGAUUAUGUCAGCUGGGAUGCGGUGAAAGAUGAGCUGGCAGAGAGCGUGAAAUCGUUGGCUCCCCAAGGGCUGCAUGCACAUAUCCCUUACCUAUCGCUCGGUUCGGAAGUGGGCCGAAGAGAAACUGUUUUCAAAGGCCACAGCGAUUUAUCCGGAGAUUAUAUUGUGGAGGAAAUUCUGGGAGAUGAUAAUAAAAUCUUCCGACGGCUUAUUUUUUUGAACAAUCAGUUUGUGAUCCAAUCGGAGGCUGCAAUUAAGAUUGUGAGGGGGAAAGGUAAAUCGAUGGAAUCGAAAAAAGUUGUAGAUCCUGGCUAUCUUGCCUGUCAACAUCAUCUGUAUAUGACUACUGGGGUGCACUUGGCUACUGAAUUGGGUCCACACGAUGACAAUAAGAGCGUGAUGGUCGUUGGAUUGGGAGGAGGCGGUCUUUGUACUUUUAUCCAUAAAUGCCUAAGGAACACUAAACUUGUGGCGGUGGAAAUUGACCCGGAAAUGUUGACGGUAGCAACCAAAUAUUUUGGUCUCACGCUAGACGACCGACUGAAAGUGGAAAUCAGAGACGGCAUCGACUUUCUGAAGGACAGUGCCGAGAGAGAUCGUUGUUUCAGGGCGAUCCUCUUCGACGUUGACAGUAAAGAUCCAACGCUGGGAAUGAGUUGUCCGCCGCAGGCAUUCAUCGAACGUGAUGUUCUGUGCAACGCCAGGAAACUUGUGGGAGACGAUGGAAUUUUUGUGCUUAAUUUGGUCUGCAGAGACGAAACUCUCAGAGGAAAAGUGGUUGAAGGAUUGCGACAGGUUUUCAAGUACGUCAUGUCAUACAAGCUGGAAGAGGACGUCAACGAAAUAUUCUACUGUGCUGACCAUGAAGCACUGAGCAGUGGCGAAAAGUGGCAAGAAGCAAUGAAACGAUCCGCCGCUGAGAUAAAUUCGUUGGCCAGAAAACAUAAGCUGAGUCGAGAUAAUUUGAUUGAGUUGGGAGAAUUUGUUCAUGGGUUGACAAUAUAAUAGCGAUG